UCUUCCUUUCGUCGUCCUACAUCCCCCCCCACGCCUCUCUCUCUCUCUCACUCACGUCCAAAACCAACUGCUGGGGUCUGGUAAUCAGACCCACCCCACACGCCCUCUCAAUUCCCAAGUACAAGCUUGCUGUGUACGGGCAGCUGGAGCACCAGCAACGCUUUACUCUAAACGAACGUGUGAACCACGGACGGGGGAAAAAAGACUAAAUCAAGCAUGUGUGCGUGAACAUUUUUGGAAGGUAAUUCCUGUAAGAAGUUGAAAUCGAACGGAUUAAAUAAACCAGAAGAGACCGAAGACUCAUCUGCCACUUACGGUGACAAUUCUCAAGUCAACUUGGUGUGCGGGCGGUGGAGCAAGCGGAGCCAUGAGACACACAGGCAGAGGGUACCUCCCCAUCGGAACACGGUCCUUUGGAAGGGCACCCACCACCACCAUCGUCGUCGUCACACUGCUCGUCUGUUUGCAAUUCCCUGCUCCCGGUGACACGUGGCGACAGACUCUACCCCGCCUGAAGCUCUCCUACCGAGAGCUGCUCCUGUCCAACAGCUCCGCGCUGUUCCUGGGCUCCCACGAGAGCUCCGACUUCCAGACGCUCCUCCUCGAUGAAGAGCGCGGGCGCUUGCUCGUCGGCGCCAAGAACGCCGUCUUCUUGCUCAAUCUUGACGACCUCAACCACCAGCCGAGGAAGUUGGUGUGGAAUCCCAACAGGGACCAGAUGAAGAGAUGCUUGCUGGCAGGAAAGAGUGAACAAACGGACUGUGCAAAUUUCAUCCGCGUGCUGCACUCGUACAACCAGAGCCACGUGUAUGUCUGUGGGACCGGGGCUUUCCACCCGACUUGUGCCUUCUUGGAAAUGGGCUUCAGGGUAAAGGAGCCUUUAUUUAUGCUGAACUGGCACAGUGUUGAGUCUGGCCGAGGAAAAUGUCCCUAUGAUCCUGCACAAGCGACCACGUCCGUCAUGGCUGGCACAGAGUUGUACGCAGCAACAGUGUCGGACUUCAUGGGUAAAGACUGGGGAUUAUUUGGAAACAAAAAUCACCACAAUGAGAUACCGCUAAUCCGAACAGAACAGUCUGAUCCACACUGGCUUAAUGAACCCAAUUUUGUGGGUUCCUUUGUAAUCCCAGAAAGCCAGAACCCCGAUGACGACAAGGUUUAUGUAUUCUUUUGGGAGUACGGCAUUGAGGCAGGAGCCUCAGACAAAGCCAUUUACUCUCGGGUCGCUCGCGUCUGCAAAAAUGACAUGGGUGGCCAAAGAAGCUUGGUUAACAAGUGGACAACGUUCCUGAAGGCGCGCCUCGUGUGCUCCAUCCCAGGACCCAAUGACAUUGACACGCACUUCGACGAGCUCAGAGAUGUGUUUUUGCUUCCCAACAAAGAUGACAGAAACCCAAUUAUCUACGCUGUGUUUACAACAUCAAGCUCGGUGUUCAGAGGCUCCGCCGUGUGCAUGUACAGCAUGUCCGACAUCCGUGCCGCGUUCCAUGGCCCCUUUGCACACAAGGAGGGCCCAGACCACCAGUGGGUGGACUUCAAAAACCGAAUUCCAUAUCCACGACCUGGCACAUGCCCAAGCAGGACAUACGACGCGGCUUACGCGUCCACACGGGAGCUGCCGGACGACGUGCUGGAGUUCGUGCGGAAGCACCAGCUGGUGUGGGAGGCCGUGGCGCCGCUCGGAGGGCGGCCGCUGCUCGUGCGCGCCGGCACGGGGGACACGCUGACCCGCAUCGCCGUGGACCGCGUGGAGGCCACCGACGGCCAGUACGACGUGCUCUUCCUGGGGACGGAUUCCGGCUUGGUGCUCAAAGCAAUAACCAUCAACAAGGAAAACCGGUUCACAGAGGAGGUGGUUCUGGAGGAAAUUCGAGUAUUUAAGGAACCAUCGCCAAUCAUCAGCAUGAAAAUAUCUAUAAAAAGGCACCAACUGUACGUGGGCUCUCGCACUGGGCUGGCUCAGCUCUCCCUGCAUCGCUGCGAGGUGUACGGGAAGGCGUGCGCCGAGUGCUGCCUGGCACGCGACCCCUACUGUGCUUGGGACGGUGCCACCUGCUCCCGCUACCUGCCCCUGCCCAAGAGCAACAGGCGGUCCAGACGACAGGAUGUCCGCCACGGGGAUCCGAACGAGCAGUGCCGGGACCUCAAAGAUAGGUCAAACGUGGUCCACACCGAAGAGAAGAUCAUAUUUGGAAUGGAACACAACUCCACCUUCCUGGAGUGCUCGCCAAAGUCACACCAGGCCUCCGUGGUCUGGUUUAUACAACACAGCCAGGGCGAGCAGCAGGAGGAGAUCAAGACGGACAGCCGGAUCGUGAAGCUGGAGCGCGGGCUGCUCAUCCGCCGCCUGCACCGCAAGGACGCGGGGCUGUACCUGUGCGUGGCGCGCGAGAACACCUUCACACAGACCGUGGCGCGGCUCAGCCUGCGCGUCAUCAAUGCGGAGCGUGCCGACGGGGCCCUGACACGGAGCGACGACGUCGACGACGCUGGCGACCUGCCGGCUUCCGUCACCGACCUCAGGCAGCACUACAAAGAGUUCGCACAGCUGCGCCACGGCCUGCCGCCACUGGAGGAAUACUGCGAGAGGCUCUGGCAGAGGGAGCAGCGACCGCCGGGGAGGCCGCACCGUCCCACCCACAAGUGGAAGCACACCCUGGAGCUGCGCAAAAGCCGCAACCGGCGCCACCCCGACGCCCCGCUCGCCUCCCUCCAGCCAGGCCUCGUGGCGCGGCCGCACACGCAGCGUCCAGCCAGCUAAAGCAGUGGCGCGGCAUUCACCACCACCACCACCACGUUGGGAAUGGCACAGUAAUCCGGCAAGCUCAGCGCAGAUGCCCCACGGAUCCUACCGUGCUGACCAGGGUUAGCCCCUAAUCCAGCUUGCUUAUCGUGGCUGGACCUUAAAUCAUCACAAUUGCCAGGUGCAAACCCAGCAUGCUGAAUAGGGAGUUGCCCUGUCUACUACCGUAGGUAAUGGAAGUUUAAGAAUUAAGGGGGCACGGGGGUGUGUUUUAAAGGUAUGUUUUUUUUUUCUUUACGGUUAGAAAAACAUCCUGUAGAGAAGGGGCCAGGGGAAUGCCACGGUAGGAACGGUGGGGGCACAAGGUCACGUGUUCACAUCUUUUCUGAACAAUGGUACAAAGCUCACAAAUGCACACGGACCAAGCUUGCAUUAUAUUGAUAUGAUUUGAAUGUGUAUAUAUAAACAGUGUAAAUAAAAAAAUUCCAGAUCCCACAGAAAACAUGACACUGUUCAAGCACAAUGAACUGUUGUUAAAUGCCAAUUAUUAUGUUGAUAGAAUAAAUUAUCACCACCAGGGCUAGCUAUGGAUUCGUGAAGCUAUUUUAUAUUUGUUAUGUUUAGUUUUAUAAAUAUAUUUAAUGUGUAUAGCAAUUUUAAACAAGCAACCGUAAUAUGUAACCGUAGCUCUGAAUGAAGCCUGCUGCCAAAGAGUUUCUAUUCCCAAAGAAAAUCAACAAGAGUUGCCUGCAUGUGUAAAAUUCUACGCAACACUGGAUAUUUCCAUGGAUUUUAACGUUAGUAACGUACAGCGUGUUGAUAUUCUGUUUACUCGCAACACCAGUGUUUCACCAUGCAUUCUGGAUUUUGAGCGGACGCAGACAAUCAUUUCGGAAUACAUUUUUGUCACCAAUUAUUGAGAGAUGUGGCCAGGUGGUCUAUGUGGCCACCUCCUACACCAGUGGAGAAUGAAAAGAAGAUCCAUUAAUUUAAUUUUUUUACCUACGUGACUUUACCGAAAAAACCUAAGAAUAUGAAUACUUGCAGUCACGAAAGCUUCAAAUCUAGAAGAAGAUCCAGGUUUGCGAUUUGCAUAAGCCAAAGCCGAACCUUGGACCACAUUGUCCGAGGCACUGCCCACUUCCACCAGUCACAUCAGCAUCACAGACAUCCACAACCCACAACAUCACUCUUGCAGCCACUACAUGGCUCAACUGCCUAGACAUUAACAUAAAACCAAUUACUGGUCACCACUCUCCACCAUGCGCAGGAGGACGACGACCUGUAUUAAAAGAAAACAACAAGUAGUAUGAAGAUUAAUUGUUCUACAUAAAAGAAAAAUACGAUUCUACUACUUGGAGAAAAUAUACAUUUCACCAACUCGGACAGACAUUUUGAAAACUCGUUUCAAUCAUUUUUGAGCAGGUGUAUUAAAAUGGAGGUGCCUCAUUAUAUACAUAGUACACUGUAUUGUGUCAACCUAACUUUUAGACUUGAAAUGUUAAGACUGCAUACAAAUGUAUCGGUUUAAUCUGUGUAUUUGUAGUUAGCCGAUUACUGAAAUCAAAGGUGUUCAUAUUUUUUCCAUGUUAUAUUAAAAUGCAAAAAAGCAUUUGAAUUCAGUACUUCAAAAAGCUGCAGCAUAAAAUGUAAUAUUUCAGCAGCUUUCUAUGUUAUACCCCGAGCAAAACGUUUAGAUCAAAAAUUGUCACAGCAAGUUCUACCAGAUUUCAAACAAAUUAUAAUAUGAAAGAGAUCAACGCUGUUUAAAUUAGGCUAUAAUAUAAUCAUUUAUGUUACAAAUUCGCCUUGAAAAACCCUUGUGAACAAGGGUUGCAUCUCAUUGAAUGCAGCAUGCCUGCAAUGUUUGAUCUUUAUAUCGUUCAGUGUCAUUGAAGCUUGUAACGUGUAAAUUGCAUAUCUUUUAAGGGCCUGAAUGCUGUUCUCUUCUUUUUUAACUAUACAACAAAAUAUAGAACUUUUAUGCAUAAAGUAAGUUAUACUAAAAUGUGGGCAUGUCAUUCGUAGAUUUGAGGCAAACGAAGUACUGAUGAGUUUCAUUGCAUUAAUAAAUUAUUUUUUACAAACAAACAAUUGUCUGGUAUAAUUUGUACUGCCACAUAUCCAUGUGUAUAACAAAAAUGUAUGUGUUCGUGCACUUUCUGUAUGGCUGUAGCAAU